AUGGGCUCGACACAGACAUACACCCAUAACCUUGGCCAUGAACGCAAGGAGUCUGCUGCCACCAUUGCCGUCAAUGUGGAUACGUCGAGCAAGGAGGUGGGAGGCGAAGGGCCGAAGCCUGAGGCAGGAGAAGAGGUAGAAGAAGGGGGAGAGAAAGAGUUCCCAGAUGGUGGGCUGCGUGCAUGGGGGACUGUCUUUGGGGCGUUUAUGAUCAACUUCUCGUGCUACGGUGUUGUCACCAGUUUCGGCGUCUUUGAGCAAUACUACUCAACGCAUCAACUAUCUACAUCGCCACUGAGCGCGAUUGCAUGGAUCGGUUCGUUGCAGCUUGCCCUUGUGCUCCUUAUGGGCUGCGUAAGCGGACCACUGUUCGACGCUGGUUAUUUGAAGCCUAUGAUUGCGGGUGCGGGCACAUUCUACGUGUUCUGUCUUUUCAUGACUUCGCUGGCAACUGAAUUCUAUCAGUUUGUCCUCGCCCAGGGCCUGGGUGUUGGGAUUUGCAUGGGCUUACUAUACUCGCCCGCCAUGUCCACGAUCGGACACCAUUUCGCUCCGCAUGGUCGCAAAAUCGUUGCGUUUGGCGUGUUCUCCACCGGCGCGUCAAUCGGUGGUGCGCUGGUCCCGAUUGCGAUGCGCCGCUUACUCGAGAGUGUCGGUUUUGCAUGGGCGAUGCGCACGUUGGCGUUCCUGGUAAUGUUCAGCAUCCUUUGCGGCUUCCUGUUCUGCAACACACGUCUUCCUCCGCGCAAUGGAUCUCGCGUUUUAGAUUUCACUUUCGGGACAGUGCAUACUGCUUCAUUGUUCUUGGGGCGUCACUCAUCGGCCUGGGUCUCUAUGCACCAGUUAGCUAUGGCGUUACGUAUGCCGUUGCCGCGCGGGGUUGACCAGAGCACGGCAUUCUACUCUCUCUCCCUCCUCAAUGCGCUCUCCAUUCCUGGUCGACUCCUCCCGAACCUGCUGGCGCAGCGGCUUGCUGGCCCCCUCAACACGCUCAUUGCUUGUUGUAUCCUCACGGGCGCGCUCGACAUCGUGUGGCCAUUCGUCCGCGCGGGGCCCGGCGGGGCCGGCGUGCUUGGCUUCAAUGCGGCGUUCGGGCUCGCCAGCGGCGGGUACGUCAGCAUGCUUGCGCCGGCAAUCACAUCGCUUGAUGACAGCCACGGGAGCAACACGCAUCAACAGCUCAAGAAGGGACAGACGACGGGAGUGAAGCUCGGCAUGGCCUUCUUUGUUACGUCCUUCUGUUGGCUGGCAAGCGCGCCGGUGCAGGGUGCACUGAUUCGACGGCGCCCGGGGGGGACAGACGAGUACUGGCCCGCGGGGGUGUUCAGCGGAGCCAUGGUUUUGCUGGGUGUGGCGAUGAUUGGAGUGGCGAGAUGGAUUGUGGGACGGAGGAUGGGCAGGUGGGACGUAUAA